AUGACCAUCCACGCAAUUCCUCAUCCACCAAACAUUCCACCCAACAAAUCCAUAUCUCUCCAAUUUAGGGAGAAGGAUGUUGUGGGGGACUGUGUCACUGACCUUACAGAAUCAGCAAAAAUUAUUCUCCUUUUUUCAGCAUUAUUUAAAGAUACAUCCAAACCAUGCCUUCUCACUAGACUUUUUUUAGUUUUUAUUUCUUCAGACAGAGAAGACGAAGUACAAGACAUAACACUGUCUUUUCUAACAGAUUGCCCAAAUGUUCCUGAGCUGCACAUAAAGUUUGAUGAAGCCUUUAAGCUGGUUAAUCUCUCAGGGGAGCAGUACGAGCAGAUUCUCCAGGUGGUUCGGCAUCACACAGAGGACACUUCUUACUUGUUGAACAAAAUGAAAGAAAGAUUUGGGUGGGUGUCUGAGUUAUCCAACAUGACCAUCGGACCAGAAAACAUUUUCAACAUAGUUAAGGUGGUACCUGGGGAUCCCUCCAGUAAAGACGAAACUGUGGUAGAUGUGAACAUUCUGACUUCACCUACUUUCACCAUUAAAGUUCCUCCCAACUUAGAUCCCAAGAGUCCUGAGUUCAUUGAAUACAUAGCUGGGAAAGCACUCCAGUUGUAUAAGAAGAAUUUUUAAGUGGUAAGUUAAUUCUUUCUGCUUUCACAGAGAACACACCUCUUCGUAAGAGGUGUUUUACAUUGCAAUAAACUUUAGUUGGAACAAGAUUCAAUCAUGGUGUAUACAAGACUGCCUUCUCAGAAAGGACACAUUGUUUGUGUUUUCCAUAAUAUUUGUGUUUUUAUCAAACACUCAAUGUUCUAGCCUUCAAAACACAGACACAAUGAUAUUAAAUUAUUUGACUUAUUUAGCUGUGAGACCCUCAUUCUUUAAGUAACAGGUGGGAUGAGGUAAUGUGAUGAUAAAUAUUUCUUCAGAAAAGAAUUGUCUCAAAACCACAGUCCAGUGUCCUGGCAUUGAAAACCACGUCUUUGUGUUCAUUCAUCAUGAGUGGACUGGAAUUACCACUAUUCACUAUGGUUUUUUAAGUAUCUUUUCAGUAGUAUUUGAGAGCAUGCUCGUAUUAUUUCUGAUGAUAAAGGAGUGCAAAGUGAGAAUCACCACCAGGACUUGGAAGAGCUGUCCUACCAUAAUAUUUCUGCAUUAGCAGCACACUGCUUAACUGUGUUUAUUAAUACAGACUGCAGUUCAGCUUGCAGGAUCAUGCACAGAAAGAUCCUGUUCAUGGGCUUCAACCAUUUCUGUAGAAAGGACACACAAGAAGCCUCCCUCUUUGUUUGAGACAUUUCAGGAAGCGUAAGGAAGAACCAGGCAGAGAGGCAGGGAGAAAAAAUGCUUCAUAUUCUCUAAUCCCACGGGGAAUUUCCAGGAAAGAUGGAAUGGUUUUAGGUGGUAUCACACUGCUGUAGAACUUGUAAACCACCCUUUCCUGUGUUUCCCUUCCCAGGGGACUCUGAUGCACAGCUUUAGUGGCCUCUGACUCUCAGAGCUGUCUCUUCCAGGGGAAUAGAGCCACAAGACACAUGCAACUUUCAGGCAGAUCACUGCAGGGUCCCCAAAUCUUCUGAGAAGGACCAGAUUUGGACAUUGCUUCUCUUUAGGUCACAGCUGAUUUCCUCAGCUGAGGAAUUGAAGCAUGAUCUGCACACAAAGAAAAGUCUCAGGAGGCAGGGAGGGAACAUUCAACAUUAACAAAGUAGAUGAAGAAGAUUUCAGCAUUUUGUAUUAAAUCUGCUUAUUCUUUUGAGGUCAGAGGCAGAAUUUUUGAGCUGAUGAAAGAAAUCACUCCCACCAGAGAGGAUGAGGUGGGCUGCAGAAUUUAGACAGAAUAAACCUCACCGUGUACUUUGCUUAGGUAAAUGUUGGUGAAAUUACAUUUUAAUAUUUAUAAACGUAUGAAAUAAAAUGCUCCAACACUUUCUCUAUCAUUUAUCUUCAAAAUUCUCUGUAAUUUAUAUGCAGUUACAGAUAUAAAUGAUAAAUACUCUUUCAGAUCAUGGAAUACUAAUCUUCAGGGCCUAGUGAUGGCAGUAAUUAUUUCUGUAGUUUGAUGAUGAUUUUUAGCCUGAAUCUUAGUCUGAUUUUCCUGUGGACAGGAUUUUCCUCUAGCCAUUCCAUACCUGAGAAAAGUAAGUGGUGUUGAUUUCAAAAUCACACCACCAUUUUGCAUUCAGUUUGCACAAGGCUUACAGCACAUGAAAAUGUAAUGGAUAAAAAAGAGUUAAACUCUACGAGAAAACUGGACAGAUCUAUAAGAACAGAAAGGGAGAGAAAAAAAAAAGUUUGCUUGAUUUUCAUGUUAUGCAUGUUUCUACAGCAGGACACUGGUACAUUCCACAUAUACUUAUUUUUCUAA